GCAGUAGUGAUACAGCAGUGACAACCGCGUCUUCUUCCAGCACACAUACAACCACACAAACAACAACGCAAACAACCACACCGCCGCCGCCUACAAACACAAUGGCCGACGCCGCACUCACACCCACGCCCACCUCCUCCUCCGAGUCCACCGCCUCGCCAGUCUCAUUCACGUACCCCUUCGCCGCGGCGCCGGACAUCAUCCGCUCAAACCAAAAGGACUCCUACUACCAAGGAAUCCUAUUCGAGAAGCUCUCGACGAUCCUGCGCAACGCCUAUGGCGCGCGGAUACUGCACAAGUACAGUCUCGAGGCGAAGGCGGGCGCGGAGCUGCUAUAUCUCGCGCUCACCACCCUGCAGGGCUCGCGGACGCUGGGAGAGGAGUAUUGCGAUAUUCUCUAUGUCGGGAAGGGGCAGGAGGCGCCUGUGUUGGAGAGGAGAGCGGGAUUCAUCCUCACGACAGUGCUAGUGCCGUACAUCCUUUCCAAGUCGCUGCCGAAGCUGCGCAGCAAGCUGCGGAUCAUCCUCGCGCCGCGCCCGAACGCGAAGCCGACCCUCGUCUCCGCGAUCAAAGCCUACCUCCUGCAGCACCUAGACACGCUGACGAGCGCGGACAACGUGCUGGCGGUGCACCUGGGACUGUUCUACUUCACGGGCGCGUACUAUCACCUGUCGAAGCGGCUGUGGGGGCUGCGCUACAUCUUCACUAAGCGCCUGGCGCCGCACGAGCAGCGGCAGGGCUACGAGGUGCUCGGCGUGCUGCUGCUCGCCCAGCUCGGUACCCAGGCGUACUUUCACGCAACAUCUACGUGGAGUAAUAGCGCCGCGAUACUGCCGGAGGAGUCGGCGGUCAGCCUCCUCGGCGCCGCGGAUAAUAGGAACCCCCGCCACGACGAGGACACGGGUAGAGUCGAGCCCGCGGUGGAUCUGGAGGAUGACGGACGGAUGGCGUUCCUAAAGGGAGAGAUGGCGAGGAAAUGCACCCUCUGUCUGGAAAAUAUGAAGGAUCCGACCGCGACAGCUUGCGGUCACGUCUUCUGCUGGAGCUGCAUCGGCGAGUGGUGCAGGAAUAAGCCGGAAUGUCCGCUGUGCAGGCAGGCGGCGCUGGUGCAGCAUUUGCUGCCGCUCAGAGCGUAGGUUGUUGCUUAUGGUGGGUGAGGUAAUCUUGUUUACGGUUUUUGUUUACUGCGAUUGUCGAACAUAUAUAUAUAGAGCGCGGGCGAGUGAUAAUCUGUAUGGCUUUUUGUUUUGUUUUGGAUCUACCUGGAAUGAUUGGCUGGUUGGAACUUGCGGAUGAUGGGUGUGAUUAAUGAUGGAUGUGAUUACCAUGAAUACACCACAUGCACAGAGGUAAAAGCUCGUGAAGGAAAAGGAUAUGGAUAUGGCGUAGUGUUCCUCCGUCUAUGUACACCCAUCAUCGUCUACCUACCUACCUACCUACCUACCUACCGCAGAACCAGAGCGGCGACGUCUAUCUUACAAAC